GAUGCGGACUCUCCUUGGCUUUGUGCAUUGCUGCUGCUGCUGCUUCUGCUUCUUGCUCCUCCUGCCUCCGCCGCUCUGGGUCAGCCUGGCAGCGGCCAAGCAGCUCCUGAGGUACCGGCUGGCCGAGGAGGGACCCGCCGACAUCCGCAUCGGCAACGUGGCUUCCGACCUGGGAAUCGUGACGGGCUCCGGAGAGGUGACAUUCAGCCUGGAAUCGGGCUCCGACUAUCUCAAGAUCGAUAACAUGACCGGGGAGCUGAGCACCACGGAGCGGCGCAUCGACCGCGAGAAGCUGCCGCAGUGCCAGAUGAUCUUCGACGAGAACGAGUGCUUCCUGGACUUCGAGGUGUCGGUCAUCGGCCCCUCGCAGAGCUGGGUGGACCUCUUCGAGGGCCGGGUCAUCAUCCUGGACAUCAACGACAACACCCCCACCUUCCCGUCCCCUGUCCUCACGCUGACCGUGGAGGAGAACCGGCCCGUGGGGACCCUCUACCUGCUCCCCACCGCCACCGACAGGGACUUCGGCCGCAACGGCAUCGAGCGCUACGAGCUGCUGCAGGAGCCCGGCGGGGACGGCGGCCGCCGCGCUGGCGGGGGCGGCGGCGGCGGCGGCGGCGGCGGCGGCGGCGGGGGAGGCUCGGCCUCGGCGGCCUCCGAGAGCGCCCUCUACCCCGGCGGCAGCAAGCGGCGGCAGGAGGCGGACGCGGCGGCGCGGAGCAGCGUCUUCGAGCUGCAGGUGGCCGACACCCUCGACGGGGAGAAGCAGCCGCAGCUGAUCGUCAAAGGGGCGCUGGACCGGGAGCAGCGGGACUCCUACGAGCUCAGUCUCCGCGUGCGGGACGGCGGCGACCCGGCGCGCUCCUCGCAGGCUAUCCUGAGGGUGCUCAUCACCGACGUGAACGACAACAGCCCCCGCUUCGAAAAGAGCGUCUACGAGGCAGACCUGGCGGAGAACAGCAGCCCCGGCACCCCCAUCCUGCAGCUGCGAGCCGCCGACCUGGACGUGGGGGUGAACGGGCAGAUCGAGUACGUCUUCGGGGCGGCCACCGAGUCCGUCAGGCGCCUGCUGCGGCUGGAUGAGACCUCUGGCUGGCUCAGCGUCUUGCACCGCAUCGACCGGGAGGAGGUGAACCAGCUUCGCUUCACCGUCAUGGCCCGAGAUCGGGGCCAGCCCCCCAAGACAGACAAGGCCACGGUCGUGCUGAACAUCCGUGAUGAGAAUGACAACGUGCCCACCAUCGACAUCCGGAAAAUUGGGCGCAUCCCACUGCGGGAUGGGGUGGCUAGUGUGGCCGAGGACGUGCUGGUGGAUACCCCCAUCGCUCUGGUGCAGGUGUCGGACCGGGACCAAGGUGAAAACGGCGUGGUGACCUGCACCGUGGUGGGCGACGUGCCCUUCCAGCUCAAGCCGGCCAGCGAGGGUGAAGGGGAGCCACAGAACAAGCGCAAGUAUUUCCUCCACACCUCAGCCCCUCUGGACUAUGAGGCUGUCCGUGACUACAACGUGGUGAUUGUGGCUGUGGACUCGGGCAGCCCCAGCUUGUCCAGCAACAACUCCUUGCUGGUGCGGGUCGGGGACACUAACGACAACCCUCCCGUGUUCAGCCAGGCCGUGCUGGAGGUCUCCUUCCCAGAGAACAACUUGCCUGGCGAGAGGGUGGCCACAGUGGUCGCCACGGAUGCAGACAGUGGCAAGAAUGCUGAGCUCACCUACUCCCUGGAGGCCUCACCCCUCUCCUCAGAGUCGCCAGGCGGCAUCUUCAGCAUCGACCCUGACUCCGGGGACGUGUCGGUGCAGGCGGUGCUGGACCGUGAGCAACGUGACACCUAUGAGUUCCAGGUAACGGCCCGGGACAAGGGGGUCCCAUCGCUGCAGGGCUCCACCACAGUGGUGGUGCGGGUGGCAGAUCGCAACGACAAUGAGCCACGCUUCAUGCAGGAUGUGUUCACUUUUUACGUGAAGGAGAACCUGCAGCCCAACAGCCCCGUGGGCAUGGUGACUGUGAUGGACUUCGACAAGGGCCGCAAUGCUGAGCUCAGCCUCUCCAUCCAGCCCGGUGAUCACGACCAGGCAACUGGUAUCUUCUCCAUCGAGAACGACACCGGAACCAUUUUUUCCACCGUCUCUUUUGACCGUGAGCAACAGACCAGCUACACUUUUAAGGUGAAGGCAGUGGAUGGAGGUGAGCCACCACGGUCUGCCACUGCCACCGUGUCCCUCUUUGUGAUGGACGAGAAUGACAACGCACCCACUGUCACCUUCCCCAGCAACAGCUCCUACACCGUGCUGCCACCCUCCAGCAACAUGCGCACCGUGGUGGCCACGGUGGUUGCCACCGAUGCUGACACCGGUCUCAAUGCUGACCUCAACUACAGCAUCGUCGGGGGCAACCCCUUCAAGCUCUUCGAGAUUGACCCGGCCAGCGGUGUGGUGUCACUGGUGGGCAAGCUGGCCCCCAAGCACUAUGGCCUGCAUCGCCUCGUGGUACAGGUGAAUGACAGUGGGCAGCCACCCCAGUCCACCACUGCCCUGCUCCAUGUCUUUGUCAACGAGAGCCUGUCCAAUGCCACCGUGGUGGAGGGCCAGGUGGCCCGCAGCCUCCACACUCCCCUGGCCCAGGACAUUGCUGGCGACCCCAGCUACGAGCUGAGCAAGCAGCGGCUUAGCAUAGUCAUCGGCGUGGUGGCUGGCAUCAUGACCGUCAUCCUCCUCAUCCUGGUGGUGGUCAUGGCCCGCUACUGCCGCUCCAAGAGCAAACACGGCUACGAGGCUGGCAAGAAGGACCACGAGGAUUUCUUCACCCCGCAGCAGCAUGACAAGGCCAAGAAGCCCAAAAAGGACAAGAAAGGCAAGAAGGGCAAGCAGCCCCUCUACAGCAGCAUCGUCACCGUCGAGGCUUCCAAGCCCAACGGGCAGCGCUAUGACAGCGUCAACGAGAAGCUCUCGGACAGCCCCGGUAUGGGGCGGUACCGCUCGGUCAACGGUGGCCCGGGCAGCCCCGACCUGGCCAGGCACUACAAGUCGAGCUCGCCGCUGCCCACGGUCCAGCUGCACCCGCAGUCCCCCACUGCCGGCAAAAAGCACCAGGCCGUGCAGGACCUGCCCCCGGCCAACACCUUCGUGGGCGCCGGCGACAACAUCUCCAUCGGGUCGGACCACUGCUCUGAGUACAGCUGCCAGGCCAGCAGCAAGUACAGCAAGCAGCCAUUUCGUAGAGUGACGUUUUCUGUUGUGAGUCAGCCUCAGGACCCACAUCAAGGGUCAUUGCAGAGUUGCUAUGACAGCGGUCUGGAGGAGUCAGAAACACCAAGCAGUAAGAGUUCAUCAGGGCCAAGACUGGGUGCCCUUCCACUCCCAGAGGACAACUACGAAAGGACUACGCCGGAUGGCAGUGUUGGUGAGGCAGAGCAUAUGGAAAAUGAUUCAAGGCCUCUACCAGAUGUAGCCCUGACAGGGAAGUGUACCCGAGAAUGUGAUGAGUAUGGCCACUCGGACUCCUGCUGGAUGCCAGUUCGCACUUCUCCUGAAAGAAAGCAGAAGAGCCAGCCAAAACUCUCCACUUUCAUGCCUGUCGAUGAACGGGGCAGUCAGGAAAAGCUGGCCAAUGGAGAAGCCUCCCUCAUGGGUGAUCGCAACAGAAACCUCCUUAACAAAAAGUUGACCUCAUCCUAUGAGACCUUCAGCGCGGCUAGUUUCAGCAAAAAUGAAGAAGGCAAUCCAGAGGAUAUCCCCCUUACACAGACAGGGGAAUACAAGCCAUCUCCUGUCAAUACUCUAACUAGAAGAGAAGUUUACCUGUAGGCUAAAAAGCAGCAACAAAGUUCUUUCAUGUUAUAAGAAAGAAAAGGGGCAAAAGUCUUAAAAUCGAAACAAUUUUAACAAAAACGAGAAACAAAAAAGAGGGGGCCACCAAAGAGACAAAAGAUCUGCCUGCCACUUCUGCCUCCAUAGCAGGCAUUUAAUUAUACUGUCUGCCUGACUAUACUGUACAAUGUAGAAAACAUUGUUGUUACUUGCAUGUCUAAUUCCCCCUCACUGAUUUUUAUUUUCCUAAAUCUAUGGUUGCAAAUUCCUCCCAUAGUAACGAGCUUGAUUAAAAAGAACACAACACACUGUUGUUUCCCCUCUGCAGAAGCAUGAGUUAAGCCACUCAUUUUGUUUGAUUGUCAUCUGGCUUGUUGAGGAUAACAGGUCAGGGAAAAUGUAUUCAAAACAUAUCAUCUGAAUAUUGCUGAUCCCCACCAGGGACAAUCCUUCAGAAACCAUACAGACAUAGAGAUAAAUAUAAAGGAAUAAUCAUUAAUAGGCACUUUGUGAAGACCACAGCUUUAAUAUUCUCACCUCUCAUCUGAGGCUGGAAGCAACAGAAAUACGUUCAGCCUGAGACUGCAGUCAAAACCACAGCAUACUUUACGAUGAUUCAUGAACUCUGGUUCUGUUUUAUCCAUAGAACAAGUGUGUUCUUGCUGUGUCUCUUUCUCUCCUUCGCUUUCAUUCUCUGUAAUGAUUACUUCAACGUAAACACAAUUAGUAACAUGUAUACCGUAGGAUAGUAAUGAUAAACUCUAAAAAUCAUUAUUUUGGGCAAGACUAACAUCUAGCUGGGAAGAUGGUAAUAACAAAAAGGCCAAAGAUCACACAACGGAUCAGGGGAACUGCUAAGUAUUGGGGCUUGGCGUAGAAAACUAACAUAUUCACAAAUACACACAUGUACUCAUAACACGCCUUCAGUUACAUUUUGCACAGCAGCACAGUUCACAAGCCCAGAUGACUUUUGUUUUAUUUUCCAGUGCGGUUCAGUCGAAUGCCCAAAGGAACUGAUGUGGGUUUUUUUUUUUUGUAAUGACAUGCUAUGUUGCAGCAGAUGCUGCAUAUGAUAUGCUGCAUAUGCCAGUUCCAGGGAAUUUUUAAGAUCAAAAUUAAAACCCAAUAGUAGUAAUAGAAGGCUGUGUUAAUGACGGUGCUUGGUGGGAUGGAACGGGUGGACAAUGGGAUGAUGCAGUGACAAGAGGCUAUUACAAGUCAAACACAAAACCUUCUUUUCAGAGUGCAAGGAAUGAUUGCUAAGUUUUUUGUCAUUGGUUACCAGUUGCUUCAAUUAUGUCAAAGAUAUAACGCAGGUUUUCUUGAAACACAAGUGCAUUAAACCCAAGAGAAGUGCAAUACUAAAUGACAUCAAAACUCGGAACAUUUAGUCUGUGUAGAAAAUGGUCUGAUAAACGGUGGUGUGAUACUCACCCAGCAGAUCAAGAUGAGUCAAAAGGAGUCCAAGGCACCAUGAUAUCCAAGAGCUUUGGGCUCUACCGAUUCUCAUGGUGAGCGCUUCUGGAAAGGGAAGAGGAAACGAAGCAGGUUUUUGUGCAAUAAAAGCAACAAAAUUGCAGAAUUUCAACCAGUUGCUUUGUAGUUGAUGCUGUAGUAAUAAUGACAGACUGAGCUCAGCCAUUCAGAUGAAAACGACAAUCGAACAACACAGCAAGGACAGCUCGAGGAGGGGGGAGCAUUCAAAUCCCUGGCUCUUUAACCUGGCAUUAAGGCAUGGCUAGAUGGCUCUCUAGUAUACUGUAGUCACAAUGUAGCUUUGGGUAGUCUCUUGCUUUGAAGAAUUGCAUAGAAAUAACCUUAAACAGCCUAAAGUAGAGGUUGGUAAAUCAAGACAACUCAUCACAUUUAUCUUUUGAAUUCUUUUCUCCAUAUAGUGGGAUGUGCCAUUAUUGGCCAUUUCGUUCUCCUCCCUCAAGUUUACUUUCUUCAAGUAACAUUAGUUUGUGUCUAGCGGUUAUGAUGAAUGGGCACAUUUUAGAAAGAAGAUAUUAAAAUCAAAGAUUAAUAAUGAUUGAACAUUUUUAUGUUUAAUUAUUUAAGUAUAUGGAGAGAUGCAAACUAGUACUUUGUUAUGAGACUGCAUACAGCAGUUACUGCUUUGUAUAAUCUGUAAGUACCUGUUUAAAAAUGCUUCUAAAAAUGCUUAUGUAAUGUAUACACAUUUUUCUUGCACGUUUCAACAGAAUACACAAUUGCAUAACACAAGUGUUCAACAGAAUUUCCUUUAAUAAGAUUUUAUUUAAUAUUACACAUACAAAAAAAAAAAAAUUAGGUAGCUUGGUUCCAUAUAUUCUUAGACCCUUUUUCUACAAGGCUAAUAAUACAGGUCACGGAAGACCUUCAGAUUAAAUGGAUCAGCAGUCACUCACCAAUUUUUACACCACAUAAGACAGUCAGUCAUUAAAUACUUUACUUGUGUGCAUCUCCUUAUAUCUGAAAUGGGUGUGAAAGAGGUUUUUUUUAAAUUCUAUCUACUGUAAGUAUUCACGGUAAUUCUAGUGGAACUAGCCACUAUUAAUAUGCUGAUUACUCUUCUGACCUGGCAUGACACACAAAUAUAUUUUGUGUUUGUAUUUUUCCUCUUUAUUUGAAAUAGGUUAAAACUGGUGCCACUCCAUAAAUAAGAGUGCUUUUGUAUAAAAAUAAACAAAUAAAACUAUAAAAAAUAAUUAGGGUGAAUGCGAAAUAUGCAACUGUGCCUUUUAUACCUAAUAUUAUGGUAAAGUGGUAGUUGGGUUUGAACACUGAGGGAUAAGGGGCUAUUCCCAACUUUUUUGAACCUGUAUAUUUACUUGUGUUUAUUUUCUGAGAAAUUAUAAAUAAUAUAUUUAAAAACAAGCCUUUUGCCAAACUCAGUUAAUGGACCAGUCUUAAGCAUUAUUAACACAAGGCUGUGGUUUAAGUAGGUCUUGAGGAUUUUUUUUUAUUACUAUUUGUGUGGGAUUUGGGUUUCUUUUCAUUUGUUUUUAAUUCUGCUGCCUGGAAAACUACGAUCAGUCUAUAUUAUAGUUAUUUAGCAAGGUGUCACCAGUUCAUGUUGCCAGGAAAACUGUCAAUUAAGUUGGGUUUUUUUUAAUUGCUUUUAGCUGUCAUCACAUUUCGGUUGUACAACAUAGAAAUCAUCCUUUUAUUUCCUUCCAUGGGAAACUCAAACGAGCUUUGCAUGUAUUUUACAUUAGGGCACCUUUAUAGAUUGAUGCGUUAAUAUAUAACUUUAUAUGUAUUAGACAAUUCAAUAGCUUUGGUCUAAAAUCUAAUGCUCAUUCUGGAUCUCAGAUCCACUAUGUUUAUUCAAUAUGGUUUCUGACUGGCCUGCUGCCUGAGUUUCAGGAAAAAAAAAAGUUAAACAUUAUUUUUAUGUGGGGGAAAAACUUAAACGGGAUUGAAAUGAUUGGCUGAAAGGCUACCCUAGGAAGUUGUCAAGCAGGAAAACCAAGAAUAUGGAUAAAGACCUUGCCAUAAAUCCAGCCGUCACCAAACAUUUGUAAGGAACUUGAACAGCGAAAUAUUUUUCCUUCUGUUUCAUUGGUGAUAAAUACACGGUGUUUCCUUAAGGAACGAAGCAGACGAAAUAGCAAUAGAAAUGAAGGUGCAUCAGUUAAGUUGUGCUACCGACUGAAGAGCAUAAACACAAGGAAGAAGACAACAUUCACCAGCUACCUGGGUAUGCUUUCAGACAACUUUUUCCUAAAUUUUAAAGCACUUGCAUUCAGUGUGGUACGAUCUGUUUGUAAUAUUAAUCAUUGACUAUUGUUCUGCAACUUGGAUGUUGAUAGUGAAGCAGAGAACAAUUUAUCAUUGUUUAUUAUGAGUCACUAUGCACGCAACUAUGCUAAACAUGGCAAAAUGUAUUAAACGCUAGUCCACCUCUAUUUAUGAAAUAUUUACAUAAUUUAAUUUGCUUUUGUACAGUUUUAUGUAAAUAAAUUGCUUGUCAUUUUUGUCUCUGCAAAUUAAAAUAUAACAUGUUCAA